AUGACAGUUAUAGCCGUUGUCUCAAGUUUUGAAUUAGCCGCUGUUGUGGACAAGGAACGGGCGUUACUCCCUGAAAGGUACUUUGUCAAAUUUGCCUGGGGGUGGACCUUGUUUCCCCUGCUGCCCUUCAUUGCCAUCUCCAACUACUGCUGCACCAGGGACGUGAGCUUCGCGCUGCGGCGGCUGGGCGCGCUCGCCGUGGGGACGGCGGUCUGGUACACGUGCACCCGCGCCUUCCUCUACAUCGAGGACCUGACGGGCGCCUGCUACGAGCCGCGGCCCGGGGGGGCCCUGCGCAGCGCCCACGCGUCCAGGCCUGCUUGCCGGGGGGCUGGCCACCACUGGGCCGGCUUCGAUAUCUCUGGCCACUCCUUCCUGCUGGCCUACUCGGCCCUGCUGAUCGGGGAGGAGAUGGUUCCCAUGGGGCACGUGAGGAGCGGCUGGGCGAGUGUCCCCCGCCUCUGCGGCGUGCUCCUCGGCGUGCUGUACCUCGGCUUGAACGUCCUAGUCGGCGUCUGGGUGCUGAUGUUCGCCUGCACGGCGGUGUACUUCCACGACGCGGCCCAGAAGCUCCUGGGAACCGCGGUCGGCCUGCUGGCGUGGUACCUGACGUAUAAACUGUGGUAUCGGCAGCCAUUUUCUCCGCGGCUCCCUCCACAGCCAAGAGAACACAGAGCAGAGUGACACCGAGUCACCAGGGCGGUCAGGGCCUCGCGGGGGUCUUUGUGUAACACUACGCACAUCGGAAACGUUGCCUUUUGUUUUCAUAACCGGGUCCAGAACAAAACGCCUUUAUUUAUUUUAUGCCGUAGUAUUAUGCAAAUGUAUCAUGGACAAUUGUGGAGAUGAGAAUAUUUGCAGUUUACUGCAUUAUAUAAAAAAAGAUAGCUAACUGCCUAAAAAGGGUGAAGAGCACUGUUUUAAUACAGUACUGAGCAUUGCUCCAGCUGCCUCACAAUUACUGGUUUUAACUAAAAAUGUAUUUUAAUGUCAUUGGGUCCCAUAUAUCCAGUACUGAAACAGAGGGGUCAGCUAUGUUUCCAAAUUGGGAGUAGAAAGUUACUUUACUCUUUUGAAAAAUACUCUGCAUAUUAAACCAUUGACAUUGUAUCAGUGUCGAAAGUGGCAGAUUGGAGUGUUGUUUUCGGGAGCAGUUGUUUCCCAGCUGUCUAACGUGAGAACGACCUGGGUAAACGUUUUAUCUUGCCAACCAAAAUAAAGAGUGUUUUGUAUUCUUUUAUUUUUUAAAUGCAGUAGAGGGAGUAAGAGAGGGUAAUUUUCCUUGUUCUUGUAAAUAGUGGUAGGCUUCUUAAGUAUGUAAAGUGCAAAUGCCUGUAUGAGGCAGUGCUCCAAAAUGAAGUGGGAACAAGAUUAAAUUGUAAAGUGCAGAAUGGCAAAAAUAAAGUCUGUGCGGUUAUCAAUUUUUAAAAGUU